AUGAGAAAAGUUAGAACACAUUUGAUUUUGACUGUUAUUUUCCUUCAGUGUUGGGAGCAGGCGAGAAGUUUAAAUAAUUCGGAGAUUAACCUACACAAGGACUUAUUUUCGGACUAUAACCCUAAUGUUAUGCCUCAACAGAAUAAAUCAACGCCGGUAAAUGUAACACUUGAUAUGUAUUUGAUGUCAAUAGACAAUGUUGAUGAGAAAAGGCAAACCAUUACUAUUAAGGCAUUCCUUGAAAUAAAAUGGAGAGAUGCCUUUCUCACGUGGGAUCCAAUGAAAUAUCCCGGAGUUUCUGGAAUCACUGUUAAAAAUACUGAUAUAUGGAUUCCGGAUGUCGCAUUACAGGACACGUUUGAUAAACUGACGGAGUUAGGCCAAGAGGGCGGUAAAGCUGAUGUGAAAAGUGAUGGUGUGGUAACUAUCUGGCCAUAUAAUAUAUAUACAGUUGCAUGUAAAAUUUCGAUCUCACAAUUUCCGUUUGACAAACAACAAUGUGUCUUCGAUUUCCUUUCAUGGAGCCAUUCAACAUCUGUUCUCCUUUUAAAAAGCUCACAAAAGAAACCGGAUAUGACGUUUUUCACAGAAAGCGGCGAGUGGAAUCUUGCAGGAAGUGAAGUGAAAUUAGUCAGAGAUAUGUACAUUGCUAAUGCUUUUGAUCAUGUGCACUUCUGUUUUGUUCUGCAACGGAAAUCUCUGUAUCACAUCAUAAACGUUAUUAUACCAGUUCUGUGUAUCUCCAUUUUGAAUAUCGUUUCAUUUCUACUUCCAUCGGAAAGUGGCGAAAGGGUAUCUUUGUUCAUAUCAAUAUUUCUCGCUCUAGCUGUUAUCUUGACCACUGUGAACAGUUCGAUGCCAAAAUCAUCUGAUGAAGUCGCAUUUUUAAGUGUUUAUGUAUGUCUGCAACUUCUUGGAAGCGCCCUAACGGUCAUGUUUGCAGUUGGCUCGUUAGAUAUUUUCUAUCACGAGAGAAGCUGUGCUCUCCCGAGAAUACUGAAGGCUUUUGUAAAACUUUGCGGCGUUACUGAAUCCAAUGAACACUACCAGAUAGAAACAGAUGUACCACAUGAGACUUCUGUAGAUUGCUUGAACGAUAUGACCGACGAGCAAAUAAGAGUUAGUGACGAAUGUCGGCCUGUGACAUGGAAAAUGGUGUCAAGAGCAGUGGAUAAACUGUGUCUUUCAUCUGCAGUCUGCUGGCAUGUUAUCCUUACGGCAAGUCUGUUUAUAAGCGUUCAAUAUUAG